AUGAGUGGUACAACUACCAGUACGAUCCCAAUUACAACUGCAACAACAACAACAAUUCCAACAACAACUACAAACGCAACUACAAUUACUAGUACAACCGCUAUUCAACAACUAGUAAUUCCCAAUAUUCCAGCUAAUGCCCGAUGGGCACAGAACGGCGUGACCGUUGCUGGAGGUCAUGAACAAGGUGAUGCCACCAAUCAACUCAGCUGGCCAUUCAAUCUCUUCGUUGAUGAUGAUCAAACGAUGGUCAUCGCUGACACGCACAAUCAUCGUAUCAUCCAAUGGAAGAUCGGUGAGACGAAUGGACAAGUAGUAGCUGGUGGCCAUGGUCAAGGAAAUCGAUUAGAUCAAUUGUUUUCUCCAACCGAUGUGUUAAUCGACAAAGAGACUGACAGUCUCAUUAUUUGUGAUGGGCAAAAUCGACGAGUCGUUCGAUGGUCUCGUCAUAGUAAUAUAACUCAAGGAAAAAUUCUCAUCGACAACAUCAAGUGUUGGGGACUAGCUAUGGAUGAUCAGAGUUAUCUUUACAUCUCUGACACCGACAAAGAUGAAGUAAGACGAUAUCAAAUAGGAGACAAUAAUGGAACACUCGUGGCCGGUGGCCAUGGCCAAGGUGCUGGUCUCAAUCAACUCAACUGGCCGAAAUACAUAUUUGUCGAUCAACAACAGGCUGUUUACGUGUCCGACAGUCACAAUAAUCGUGUAAUGAAAUGGGAUAAAGAUGCAAAAGAAGGAAUUAUUGUUGCUGGAGGUCAAGACAAGGGAAAGGCUCUGACACAAUUGUCGGAUCCUUACGGACUGUUCGUUGAUACGUUGGGUACCAUCUAUGUUGCAGACUCAGACAAUAAUCGAGUGAUGCGUUGGCCUAAAGGAGCGACACAGGGCACUAUCGUUGUGGGUGGAAAUGGUCAAGGAGCAGAAGCAAAUCAGUUCAAAGUUUCCAUGGGUUUGUCCUUCGAUAGACAUGGCAAUAUUUAUGUUGCCGAUGAAUAUAAUCAUCGUGUUCAACGAUUUUCUAUCGAAUAA